AUGGCUUCGCUCGUGCACGCCCUCCGUGACCGCUUCUUUCACUCGACGGGCUACCUGCAGGGAAGCGCCUGGGCCCUGCCGCGCAACUUCACCGACGUGUAUGGCUUCUUCGUCGCCAAGUUGACGCGUCUGCUCGCCCUGCCGCUGCCCUUCAUCUCCUUCCUGGCCGUGCCUUUCCUCGGCGGAACGUCGACGACCAUCAGCAUCGUCGCCUUCUACUUGACCUGGACCGCGUUCGUCCUCAGCCAUUCCCAGAUCACCGUGGAGUUGUAUGGCACCCUCGCCGCCCGCCUCUUGUGCUAUCUUUUGCCCGCCCUGGGAUUUGUAAUCUUCGAUGGCUUCUCCCCGAGCUUCGCACGGAGCAUCAAGAACCGCGGGACGAAGCAGCUGCCCCUUGCGCAGUUCAAGCGCAACAAGCUGCUCGAGGUGGCGGCCGUGGCGAUCUUCAACGUCCUCUCCGCCAUUGCGCUCGAGGCGCUGCUCGAGCUCCUCGCCACCCAGGUCUUCCACAUCCGGAGCAUCUUCAAGGUCACGUCGAUCGUGCCGCUUCCGUGGAACAUCCUGCGCGAUGUGGCCGUCGGCUUCAUCGUUCGCGGCGUCCUCAUCUACUUUGCGCAUCGAUACCUGCUGCACACGUACGACUCGCAGUUGAAGACGUGGCAUCUCGAAUGGCAGCACAGCGCGCGCCUGCCCUUCAGCCUGCUCGCCGCGUACGACCAUCCGGCCAAUUACCUCCUCACCCAAUGGCUGCCGACCUUCCUGCCCGCGUAUCUCGGCCGCUACCACGUCCUCACCUGGCACCUCUUCGUCGCCCUGUGCUCGUUGGAAGAGCUCUUCAUCUACUCCGGCUACGCCAUCUUGCCCUCAACCAUCAUCCUCCUCGGCAUGGCGCGCCGAACCGACGAGCACUUC